UCUAGCCCGGUCACAUAUACAUACACUACCUCACGCGAAAGCCUUUGACAAGAUGUCCGAGCCCGCAUUCUACCGCCUCCCAGUCGAGCUUUUGGUCAUGAUACUCGAAGAGCUCCUCUGGAUUCCGUCAGGACUGGACCUCCCGCAUCUGAAGAAUCUGCGCUUGGCCUGCAGACAGUAUGCAUUCUUACCGCGCCUGUUAGCAACGCUCUUUAAGAGCAUCAGGCUCGUUGCUUCGCCCGAACAUGUCGAGAUUGCGGAGAAGACGGACCUGAAGAGCAUCAGGCCGUAUGUGCAGAGCGUAGUGUUUGAGCCGAGCAAGUACAGCUGGGCGAUGACGGAGGAAUUGUUCGAAGAGAUUGUUACAGUGGCCCCGCUGCAGGAGUUUUGUCAGAGGCAUAAUGAUAAGCUGUGGGAGACUGGGGGCUGGGACCGCAACGGUAAGAAGUUCUUGCAUGAUUCCGAUGUUGAAGUGCUUGGAGUGAGGGGGUUUGUCGAGAGGUACAUGGGCGGUGAGAUGCCGUUUGGGGAAGAAGAGAUCAAGGAGGGGUUUGUGCGAUACAUGGCGCGAGCGAACGAGACGCGGGAGUUAUUCGGAAGCGGGAGGCUUGAAAGAGCUUGGACGGGUGCCUUGAGGCAGCUCCCGGAGGUUGGGAUGUUCACGUUGGGUUCGUGGGACUUCGAUAAAACGAUCGCGCUGCAGCACAGGGUCGAAACGAAGGGUAGGGGUUGGGAAGAAAUCAGAUGCGAAGUUUACGAGCACAAGCAUAACUGGGAUGCCGGUCACAACCACGCGCGUUGUCGGCGACCACAAGAGCCCGUCGGCGGAGCAGUCUUCAACACAGCGAUUGCGAGCCUGAUCGCCGCAGGAUCGACCAUUACGGGUCUCGACAUCAAAUACUGCGCCGAGGAGACCUUCAGUUGGGCGGACAAUGGCCUAUUGCAAGAUCUCGACCUCUCACAUCUUGAAAGCCUCUUCUUCCGCCCACAAACCUGGGAGGACGGGGAAGGGGAGAAGAUGGGGGACAGGAACUUCGACCUCGGAAGAGAAGAGCGUCUCGAAGCCCGGGCUGCUCUCGCCGUCACCUCAAUCCUUAAGAAAAGCUCCCAAAGCAUCAAAACGCUCGAGAUAGUCACAGGGGUUCCACGAUGUCCUUUUGCUUGGCCUCUGCCCGACUCUAUUAUCGCGCUCCCUUCCCUCGAACGCUUCUAUACUGGCGCCUCGCUCCACCUCCCUGCUUUCGCGCGCUUCGUAAAGCUCGCACGGAACCUCAAGCACCUCGAGCUGAAAAGCUGUCACGGCAAGGGCUGGGAGUGGCGGCAGCUCUGGGAUGCCAUUCGGCAUCACCCAUCCCGCAUGAUGUUGGUGUUUGACCAGCUUCCGUGCAGUGACGCGGCGGAGAUCAGUAUGAACCAUUGGACGGGCGAGGAGAGCAAGGACGAGGGGUAUGAGGAUGAUGUGUGGAUGAAUAUUGAUAGGAGUUUGGAGAAUUAUGUGAGUAAUAGGGGGAAAUGGGACAGGAGUUGCAGGAUGUGGUUUGACGGCGCUGCGUCGGAUGAGGAGACUGAGAGCGAGGAUGAGAGUGGUUCAGACGAGGAGAGCGCUGGUGGUGAGGAUGGCUCGGAAGGUCCGGAUGGCCCGGAUGAUGAGGACAUGGAUGGCGAAGACCGACGAGACGAAGAGUAGGGCAUUCCCACUUGAGUAAAUAUAUGCCUGGGGUCCUUCGACUGGCCGUGUUAGGCGGCAGCGUAAACAUCGUGGCUCCAUGGGCGUGGAGUGAGUGCACUAGACACAGCAGCAGGUACCGGCUCGUGCUGCCACCCUUGCAGCGAACAGGAGUUCUUCCGUGGCCUCGGAUUGGGGCGGGAUCUCACCGAUCAGGCAUUUUG